AUGCCGAAAGGACAGAGGAAACUAGAAAUAGUAAAACGUCGACAAACAACAUCUGGCGACAGAGAAGGCUCGAGUUCAGUUGCUCCUGUUAUUGGAUGUCCUGUUUUAGAUCCUAUACAAUGUCAAUGUCCAAAAGAAGAAGUAAAUCCUUCGGAAGGUGUCAAAAUGACUUGCACAUGGGAGUCAUGUCCAUAUUCUAAUCAACCGCUUCAUACGGUCUGUUAUCAACUACUCGAGGAUAAUCUAGUUAAACGGUUAGCUACACUUGGUAGUGCUCGCGGAUGGACAGUACCGCAGAGACGGAACAAUUUAUGGGAGAGAAAGGGGCAAUCGCUUAUUGGGAAAUUUUGCCGAUGUAGAUGUGAUCGAGGACAAAUGACAAGAGACAAACAGGCUCUUUAUGAAAAAGAGAAAGCUGUGGAAAAAGAGAAGAAGAAGAAGGCCAAGAAAGCGAAACAACUCCCUGUCCUUCAUUUUAACUCAAAGCCAUUGGCUGCAAUAGAAGAAAAGAAGAGAGAUGGUGGAUUCAACUCUCCAUCGGCCAUCUCUAGUCAUCAUCAAACCUUCUCUACUACGUCACGGUCUCGUCUUCAUACGGAUCGCUCAACUUCUUCCAUGCGGACGUAUACUGUUGCCAGAACGUGGUCUGAGUCUUCGUUUGCCGGAGAAACAAAUGGACAGUACGACAAUAAUGAAGACUUUCAUCCUUCUGAUUGUGAUUGCGUUUUUCAUUAUGAUUAUGAUGCUGACGAAGAUAAUGAUCAUGAUCACAUCGAAGAAGACUUUCUUGAUAUUUCUGAUGCUCGUCAGCAUUUGGAAGUCAUAGUUCCUGCGCCAACACCGCCGCCACAAGUUAUCAGCUAUGCUGCGACAAUAAGAAAUACUGAUAACAAAGUUGUCAGGGAUCUGAAAUCUGCCAAUUCACCAGACAGUGGGAUCGGGCAAGCUACUCCUCGAUUAUCCUUUUCUUCGUCGAACGAAGAUGACAAUGACAAUCGCCAAGGAGGUUUUCCACCUUUGGAAACUGAAAGAGAGAAAUCUGAAAGAAUUAAUCCAUUAGGAUUAAGCAUUCUUUCGUCAAUUGAGGUGUCUUCAACGGAUGAGAAUCAGGCCGAGGAGCCUGACCAUUUUCUGGAGCUCACCGACACGCCACACUUGUCAAUGAAGCGAGAAACUCUUCGCACAAAGAAGAGUAUUUCUGUGUCGAAGCUUCCACUUGCCACACCAACACAACUGUAUUCGGAUGAGCCGCGUUGUGGAUUCCGCUUUAACGCCCCUGUUCGAGAAAUGAUGGACAUGUGGAAUGAGGCCACAUCUUCAAAUUCGAAAUGCUCUAUUGAUGAUAAGGACGAGAAACAAGAAGCCCUCGAAAUCUGUUGGACUCCUUUCUUCGGCCGGGGAUUCAACUUGGGAGAGCGGCUCUUCUAUUUUCCGUAA